AUGGCGGCCGUCGGGCGCCCCGGCUCCCAAGGCAGAUCACCCCCGGUAAAACAUCGUUUGAACUUUGCGUUCCGGUGCACCAAGGAAAAUAUCCGGGAAAUGAAGAAAGAGCUCGAUUCGAUUCUGCAAACAGCGGAGAAGGCGUUUACGGUGGAGCUGCUGAAGAUCCCAGUCGCCAUCAGGAAAAUGAAAAGAAAAGACUUGCUCAAUUUGCGAGGAGGGGAGGAAGUGGCCCUUGCUGCUGGAGUGACUGACUGCUCUCUUGAAGAAAUGCCAAAUCCAAAACUGGUGAGGACCAACAGCAAAAAAGUUAAGGUGACUACAAUUGUUGAAUAUGAAGAUGCCAAGCAUAUUUCUGCAAAGAAAAUAUCUAAAAAAGUUUCCAAAACAAAGUCAUUGGUUUCAUUGGCCUGCGGUGUAAAUAGCAAACUGAAUCCUCUUUCUAGGUCUGUUCACUCUUCUGCAAGUGUGACUGAGGCUGUUAAGUCUCUUACUUCUGAUUGCAGUGCCACAAAUUUCAAAGCCACACCAAAGAUACCUAAAAGUGCUGGACUACAGACAGUCUCAAGAACUGUACCUACCAGUGGAAGAGUUCGAGGCAUGUUAUUAAGAAGUAAAUCAGUACCCCCGGAUAAAACGGUUCCGUUUCUAAACAUUCCCCUGGCUGAUGGACAGACACUCUGUACAGCUGGUGGAGACCUCCGUAAUAUUGAUGUGCAACUACUAAAUCAAGAUACAGUACAGCAUAUUCAUAACUUAGUGAGUGAGCUGACUGUACUAUGUGGAAAGGCAACAGCUAAGCCAAGUUAG